UCCAAGAAAGAAUGGGUGCGGAAAUGUAGCCAGAGACCAUUUCAAUCGUGUCAAGGGCGAAGAAAAACAUCUUCUGUUAACUUAACGCCUUCAUAAUAACGAAAGUAAAGCGGUGAGGUGCGAUUCGUGUGCCCAAUGCCAGCUACAUUGUGCGCUUGUUUCUGUUGCACUACGAAGCCUCGUAAAAAGAAUCAACCGGAAAAAGACAGCAAUUUGGACAAAUUUCCAAGAGAGGAUGAGUAUGCUGCACCUUCAAUACCUUACGGCACCCUGUAUGUCUAUGGAUAUAACGGACAACUUCCUUUACAAAACCGAGGACGAUACAAGACAUAUUUUAAGUUGGAACAAAGAUCGAUGGCAAACGGUGUUUCUGUCGCCAGCGAAUGCCCUUUGAACUCUGAUGAAGCAAAAGCGUUACCGGACACAGCCUACCGCUGUACUUUUAACGGACCUGCUACAAAAAAUGUAGCAAUUCACGAAAUAGACAAAAACACUGACAUGUUUCAAAUCGGAAGGUCUGCGGAAAACCAAAUCGAUUUUAUUGUCAUGGACACUGUGUCCGGUGAAGAGAAUAUAUCGGACAAGUUUGCAUCUAGAAGCACGAUAUCGCGAUUUGCAUGUCGGGUAAAUGUGGAGAGAAAUCCUCCGCAUUCGGUGAAGGUUUUGGCCGCUGCUUUUGAUGGAAAGAACCACAUAUCUCUUGGGGAGAACCUUCCGCAAUGGAAACGGGAAGAUGGUAGCAGUGACGGCUUGACAACGAACGGGGUCCUUUUGAUGCACCAGAAGGGAGACUGGAGCAAACAGAUGAAGCCUGGGAUAUGGCGGGAGGUGUCUGUGGCGGGAGAUGUCUACUCACUGAGGCAAACACGGUCUGCUAAGGAAAAAGGACAGCGGAUAACAACAGAUAAUAACACGUUAAAAGACGGGACAAUGGUUGAUCUUUGUGGCGUCGUCCUUCUGUUCAGGACUGUUGAAGGCCUUGAGAAGGCACCGACUGUCGAGGAGUUAAUCAAGAAGCGCGACGAUAUAAAUGCCAAGAGACCGCAAUGUCCAGUGGGUCUCAUGACCAUUAGGUUCCCAUCCAAUCAAGUCAACCAAAAGCAAAUCGACAUGCAUGCAAUUCCACAUGUCUACAUCAGCUGUGGUCACGUGCAUGGCUACCAUUCCUGGGGGAAAACACAUGCACCAAGCGAGAGACUAGAGGAAAGUGAAAGAACCUGUCCCAUUUGCCGAGAGGCCGGACAGUUCAUUCCUUUAAAGUUUGGUAUGGAGCCUGCAUUCUAUGUUGAUAACGGACCCCUCACCCACGCAUUUUGCCCUUGCGGACACGUGACAUCGGAAGCAACUGCACGUUAUUGGUCACAGGUCCCAUUACCGUAUGGAAAAGACGAGUUUAGGUCUGCCUGCCCGUUUUGUGCGAAACCUUUGGAAGGCGAAGACGGGUAUGUCAAGUUGAUAAUCCAAACAGAGUAGAGAUGGCGAAACCUGUGUAACCCCUUGCACUGUUUAAAACAGAUGUAAUGAUCCUGUCGUUACACGAGCCUGCUUUAGAAAUUGUAGGAACAUAAUUGCAUACAAGGUUUAUUAUUCUUAGAAAGAUAGAAGAACAUAGUUUGGAGUUUUGGUACAUCGAACUGGCAGUUGUCGAUGACUGGUGUCGUUGACUGGUGUGAAUCGGUUAGUUUGUCUGAUAGCCAUUCUACUAAUUGAGUUGAUAUGUAGCAAUAACAGCAUUUGAAGAGUUCUAAGCCAACCUUUUGUUGUAAUGGCAGCCAGUUAAUGUUCCAAACACGAAAAUUUAAACUAUUCGCUUGAAGGAACAGUGCUGUGGCUGUUUGUGUGUUGACUUUUUAUCUCCUCCUCCGGCGUGUUUUGCUCUGUCUAUAGCAUGUCACUCCAUCUGUUUGAUAAAUUGAACCAAUGCUGCUAAAACCGACAGUCCGUUGUAUUUUAUGGCUUUUCGCAGCAAACAUGCGCAGGUAUCUUCUUUCAUUUUUUCCUAUGGUUGGCACUUCGUUAUACCGCCAUGUAUGGACUUAUUUGCCUUAGUAUUUAUGCAUUCAGGUAGUGAUUAUUAAUACUUUAAGUCAGUUUCAUGCGUACCCGGUAGAGAAUACUAGUAUGUUGCUUGCUAAUCAACAAUGUCCUUGUGACUACAAGGAAUUUGUUCCACGCAGAACUCAACGAUAUGGCUGUAAAUAGACCCAUAUUAUCACCUUGAUGUCAUGGAGCUUGAAAUCUCCGAUUCGUUUUUCUCGCUUAUCGGUUUAAUCAUCUGAGGUGGAAUGAUAAACAAACGCUACUGUAGGCAGUUUUCAAUCACUUACCACCCCACAUACCCCUCCCCUUCCCCUCCUACCCAAACGAAUACAACUACAAUGCCUGCCAAAAGUACUUGGAACACCCAGCAAUUUACGCUGCAUUUGAUAUCUUUCAUUCCUUUCAUGAAAAAGAAUUGCUACUUCCGCCCCCUUCCCCCUAAAACAAUGUUGAUGAUUUAGAGAAAUAUCAUAAAAGUAGCGCAAAAGAAAGUGCUUCCUAAAAUCCUAACCCGUUUGAUAGUAAACCAACAUUGUUCUGUAGAGGAGAGGGGGAUGAUUGAUUUUGACCUUGGAAAUUGAUGUCAGUGUUCCAAGACUUUUGGUAGGCAUUGUAGCUAGUGCUAAAUUUUAUAAGAUUCCUUACAGUGUUAGCUACGUUGAACCGUCCUUAAAACCGUUUUAUAAAUCUUCCUUCUCAAAGCAUGUCUGCUGUGCUUGCUAGUCAAUGAUCUAAGGCUUUUGCUUUGGGCAGCAUCCGUGGCCCAGUAGUGCUUUUAUAGCGUUUGUAGUGUGUAGAAGCUCUCAAGUCUUGUAGAAUGUCUUGCUAAUAUUUUUUAAAUAACGCCAAAAUUCCGACCAUCGUUGUUAUAAAACGACACUGCUUUUUGAAGCAUAAAUGAAUAUUUAUCAAUAAGUGCACCAUAAAAAGAUAUCGAACUUCUGCUCGCUAAAUGUAAUUUAAUGCGUAUGCCCCUGGCAAUUUGUUUCUUUCAUCAUAUCGUGUAUCAUUUAAACUUAUUUGAAACAGUUUUAAGAAUCCAAAUUGGAUAGUAGUUGGUGAUUAUUUUGAUAAUAUCUCUUAUCUGUUUCCUUGCUA